CCUCCUCGCUGCGUGCUGGCGGCCACUGAUUGGCUGAGGACGGCGGGGCAGUUGAAGCCGGCUUUGAGGGGUUGUCGGGGGGUGAAGCCUUUGGACCAACGGUCAGGGUGGCUCGCGAUGUUAACGGCGCCAGCUUGGAGCUCUGCGCUGGCGUUCGCCUUCUGCGCGCUGCUCGGCUCGGCCUCCGCUACCGAACUGAACUACGUGACCUGCGGCUCCGUGGUCAAGUUGCUCAACAACCGGUACAAUGUCCGCCUGCAUUCGCACGAUGUGAAGUAUGGGUCCGGAAGUGGUCAGCAGUCUGUCACUGGGGUGGAUGCUUCUGAUGACAGCAACAGCUACUGGACAGUGAGAGCAAAACCAGGCCAAGUUUGUCAACGAGGAAUGCCGAUAAAAUGUGGCCAGUCAAUACGGCUGACGCAUGUCAAUACUGGAAGAAACCUGCACAGUCACCAUUUUGUGUCACCACUUUCUGGAAACCAGGAAGUAAGUGCUUUCGGUGAGAGUGGAGAAGGAGAUGACUUGGAUGUUUGGAUAGUGCAAUGCAGCGGAACGAGUUGGGAGCGAGAUGACGAAGUACGCUUCAAGCACGCAGGCACCCAAGUCUUUCUAACAAUAACAGGAGAGCAGUAUGGCCAUCCAAUCCGAGGUCAGCUUGAGGUUCAUGGCACAUUCAGCCCCAGCGCCAACAACUACUGGACAGUAAUGGAAGGUGUCUUUAUCAAACCUAGUGCUGAGCCGUUAAAACACGAUGAGCUAUAGCUUUAGUCAAAUAAAAUGGUUUGCGGGGAGUGAAGGAGGCCAGUAAGAAAUAUUGUUUGACAAGUUAUUUCAUCUCAUCUUGAGUCAUAGUUUAUAAAGGAAAAACAAAAUUGUACUUUAUUUUCUAUACUUGUUUAAAUUUCUAAAGAAAUGGGGAUGUAUUUAAAACAAAGUUGUGUGCAGAUGUAAAGAUGCACAUGGUCAAUUUUGUUGCUUUAAUUUUCUGUUGUUGGGGAAAGAGUCAAACUUGGAAAAAUCAGGUAUUUGAAAUAUAGUUUAAAGUCAUUUGCAUCUGAAUGGUUUAAUAACUCCAAAUGUUGCAAACACAAUUUCCUUUUUAUCUGUUACUUCCCUAUCCUUUCUUUUUGCUUUCAUAAAAAUAUUAUGUUCUGCUGCAAUCCAUGAUUUCCUGAGCAGAGAAUGUAAUUCACUUGCAGAAGACCAGCCAUAACUGGCACUGUCCAUUCCAUCUGCUAACAACUCUUCAUGUUGUCACAGACUAAAUUCUACACAGUAUGUUCGACCAUGCUGGGUAUCAAUAUCAGUAAAAGUGCAUUAAUUCCAGAGGGGAGAGCUGGAAGUUGUCAAUAUGUUUAUUAAAUCACCCUUUCUACUAAGCAGUGGUCCCAGAUGAAGGCAGUUUCUUUUUCAUUUUGUCCAACAUUUUCAUUGCUGCUUCUUUAGAUUUUGCAUUCAACGCAAGCACACUCCUUACAGUACAGAAACGUGCCAUUCAGCACAGAAGAUCUCUACCUGUGUUCAUGCAACACAUACUUAAUCAUUUCCUUUGUUACAUUUUAUGUAUUUUCCUGUUUAAAUGUAUCUGUGCUAUUUACCUCCAAGUUUAGGUUUGGAAUUUAUAUCCAAAAUGUGGUCUUAUAAACAAAAUGGUCAAUAUAUUGCUAGACUAAUCUGUUACAAGUGACAGUGUUGCACAAAUGAUUUUUAUGAUUUGUUCAGGAGGUUCAAAUUGAUUUGAUCCAUUUUUGUUGAGCCACUGAGUAAGACUUAAAAUAAAUGUUUACCUACUGUUUCU